GAAGGUUAAUGUUUCAUUCUUUCAUUAAAUAUUUAUAAUUAUAAUAAUUGAAUUAAAAAUCGCUUACAUUAAAGCAUGUGAUUAAAUAAAAAAAAUGGCUGAAAACGCUAAUACCGGAGCAAAGGUUUGGAAGUUUGACUGGAGAAGUAUUGCGAAAUAUAGCCUGUUAGGAUUUAUCGCUUUGUUUUUAGGAUUCAUACAUUACAAAUAUGUUUCCAACUUGUUUGAAAAUGACAGAAACUUCUCUUAUCUCUCUGAUCUUGAACGGGAGAUGUCUUUACGAACAGAGAUGGGUUUCUACUAUUCAUAUUAUAAAACUAUAGUAGAAGAAAUACCAUAUAUUGCUGGAAUAUCCAAAAUUAUGUACGACAAGUUGGUUGAAUAUCCAAAAGAAGUAAAUGCAUUUAAUAGAUUUAAUAUUUUUCCAGAGGUAAUAAUUGGAACGAUAUAUCGAUAUUUUGAACCAGCAUUAAACUCAUCUCAUAGAGAAUGUCAUAUGGUUGAACGUGACUCCGGCAUGGAGCCUGUGGAGAGUUGUGUGGGACUCGGAGUGCCAAUUAUAUUCUACUUAGAAGUUGUUUGGUGGAUGGCUGGGUUAACUGUAUCUGUGCUGUUCUUGCAUGCAGCCACACUUAGUGGAAACUUAUUAGGCGGUCUACUAGCGAUUGUCCAGUACUUUGCCAAUCACACGGAAUGCACGCGAGUUCAAUGGGCGCCUAAUGAGAGAGAGAAUUUUGCGUUACCAAUACUUUUACUACAAGGAUGGCUACUUACUAUACAAUUGAGGGAUAAACCAAGGAAACAUGGCAUACGGUUACAGGUAGCAAUAUUUCUUUGCAACUGUCUCUGUCUUUUAUUCUGGCAAUUUAGUCAAUUUAUAUUCUUCGCACAAUUAUGUAUCUACUUUUUGAUGGAGCAAUUCUAUAUAAUUGAUACUAAAGUCCUUUCUAUAUUCCUUCACGCGCAUUUCUGUGGUUUACAUAUCGGUCUCUUACAAGGCAAUGAUAUGCUCAAAUCGUCAUUGUAUACAUCCAGUUUUGUAGUUCUUUUCCUCUACUCUGUAUUCUUUAGUUCAAUGAGAAUCAAAAUUAAAAAUACUAAAGAUAUGAUAUUAGAAUUCUUUCUAAUUAUAUUCCGAUUCAUUUGUAUAGGUAUUUCUACUGUAUAUUUAAAAAUAUUCAUCAGUAAAUUUUUAGGAGUUGAAGAGGAUUCACAUAUAUGGGAUAUGUUGUUCUCUAAAUUCUCAUCUAAAUAUAAAAAUUUUCAUACGCUCAUUUACACUUGUACUGAUGUAUUCGAUUUCCUCCCCUUCUCUUCCAUCGAGAAGAUGUUCAAUACAUUUUUAAUACCAUUUAUUAUCGUAAAUAUAUUAAAUAUAUUAAAAAAAACAUACGACGACGCAAUCAUAUUGAGAGAUAAUGAAAUAUAUAAGAAAGAGAAAAAAGAAGAUUUAAACAAAGACAAGAAAGAGACAGACGAUAGUUAUAACGCAGAAAGUAAGACUGAAGUUUUAAAUGUAUUGAUGUUUAUUAAAUUUGAUCCGGCGUUAUUUUAUAAUUUAUCACUUAUGAUGAUUUAUUGGGUCUUUGCGAUAUUCGUGAUGAGACUCAAACUAUUGCUGGCAACACAGAUGUGUCUACUCUCAUCUUUGAUAGCCACAAAGAAGUUAUAUAGGUUUCCUAAAAGAAUAAUGGAUCGUUUGCCAGUGAUUUGGUUUAUGCUACUGUUACCACUCGGUCGGCAGCUAGUGGAUAACGUGACCAGAGAAACAGCCCAUAUUGGUGAGUUUAGUGACUACCCACAAGAGGAAAUGCUUAAAUGGAUAUCAAGUGAUGCAGGUACCGGCGCAUUUGCCGGUUCCAUGCCAAUAUUAGCUACAGUUAUGUUAGCGACGAGAAAACCCAUAGUCGCACAUCCGCAUUAUGAAAAUUUAGGGGCCAGAAAACGUGCAUACUCCGUAUAUAAAGUUUACGGUAGGUUUUCAAGUGAGGAACUGUAUGAGGAAUUGAGAAAUUUAAGAGCGUCUUAUCUCAUAGUUGAAUCCAAAUACUGCUAUGGAAGGAGCAACAAGGGUUGUUCAUUCGCGGACAUCUGGGACAUAGAGGAGCCAGCAUUGGCGCGAUUGCCUCAACUCUGCAAUUUGUUACUGACAGAAAAUGUGGAUCAUUUCUAUCCUGUGUUUAGGAAUCAACAGUACGCCGUGUUCCUUGUACACGAUUAUAGUGUCAGAUAUAUGCCACGUACUUUUUCAACUUGACGUACAUCAAAAGAAAAUGAAAAAAACAAACGUUAAUAAUUACUAAGUUUCUAUUUAUUUAUACUGUAACAUAUAAUUGGAAA